CAAACUUGGUACUAGGUUUAAUUAGUAUCUGCAAAUAAAGGCGCUUUAUAAAUGACCUGAUUGGAUUUGAUUGGAUUUAAUCGGAUAUAACUGGGUCGACCCACUAUUAAAGUAGUGCAGUAGUUUAUUUAGAAGUAAGUGUUGCAUAUCCCAAUCAUCACAUCAGAGUCGUGAGGCCUAGGCUGCCUGGAUGCUCCUCUAUACUACCAAUCAAUCCAGAUUAGGCGUACUUUGGCUUCAAACCUAGAAAGUCUUUAACCGGAGUAUUGCGAUGGAAAGCGAACGUGAUAUACAACAUUUUGACGAUAUUUACAAACAUAUCGGACAAUGUAAUCAAUAUUUUUUCUUUUCCUAUAUAAUCGUCAGUUUAUGCGUGAUGUCAAAUGCUUGGAAUUCGCUAGCCGUUGUAUUUCUGUUCCCUGAAACCGAUUUUUGGUGUCAAGUUGACCAGUUGGAUGAACAGUGUUUAGAUCUAAAUUUAACAGAAGUUGAAUGUAUUUUACUGAAGAACGAUUACCGACCAACAGACCAGAGUAGCACUACGUUAAACGAAGGGCAUUGCAGUCAAUAUAAUUUUACCAACUACAAUUUUAAUAUCAAUGAACCUUUGAGAAAUGUAUCCAUUCAUAGCUGUAACAGUGGGUACGAGUACGAUACUACUCAAUAUAAAACGUCUGUAACGCAGGAGUUUGAUUUGGUUUGUGAAGAUGCGUAUUUAGUACCCCUGGUAAUCUCGUUAGAAUAUAUUGGUGCACUGGUUGGGUCUCUUAUCUUUGGAAAUUUCUCUGACAGGUAUGGGCGGAAAAAGAUUUUAUUGGUGUGUAUGUUGCUAUAUACUCUGCUGAAUAUUAUUAUCUUAUCAUCACAGUGGUACUUGAUGUUCAUUACUUUUCGAGCAAUAGCAGGGGCAUUUUCCAUGGGAGCCUACAUGUCAACAUUUGUCAUUGGCUGUGAACUUGUUGGUCCAUCAAGGCGGUCUUUAGCCGGGACAUUCAUCUCAGUUCAGUGGUCAAUUGGAUACAUGGUAGCCUCAUUGUAUGCAUAUCUUAUACGCUAUUGGCGAUUACUUAUGCUAGCGAUGGCAAUAAUGGAUAUAUUUAUAUGGAUUAUGAUAUUCUUGCUUGUUCCAGAAUCUCCGCGAUGGCUCCAUUCAGUAAACAAAGUGAACAGUACAGACAGAAUAUUGAAAAAGGCAUGCAAAUUUAGCAAAGAUCCACAAGCAAAUUUUGAUGCCUGUCAACAAUUUUGCCGACAGAAAGGAGACGACUUUACACCAGAAACUCAACAAAGUCCGUCAAAUUUCAAAACUGUUGACAUACUACGCCUGAAAAAUAUCCGAACGCGAUUUCUGAUGAUCGCGUUUAUAUGGUUUGUCAAUUCCUUAGUUUAUUUCGGGAUAUCACUAAGUGUUGUCAGUCUUGGAGCGAACGAAUAUGCUGCCAACGCUUUAGCUGGUUUUGUCGAGAUUCCAGCUGUGUUUAUUGCCUGGAUUUCGAUUGAAUGCUGGGGACGCAGAAUAGUUUUAAGUGCGACAAUGAUACUUGCUGGAGUAGCUUGUGCAACUACUUCGUUUAUAUCAAAUGAUGUGUGGGUUGCAACGCUUGGAAUGGUAGGAAAGUUCGGCAUUACUGCCUCAUUCACACUUAUAUACAUAGUUACCGCAGAAAUUUACCCAACGUCAAUAAGAAAUACUGCAAUAGGAUUAUCGUCAAUGAUUGGUAAAAUUGGUGCAAUCAUAGCUCCACAGAUCCUCUUCGCUCGUGUCAUUUUUGAGCAGCUCCCAUACCUUAUCUUCGGCGGCCUAGCCAUCGCUGCUGGUCUUCUUGCUUUAUUGCUUCCGGAGACACGUGGAUUGAAUCUUCCUCAAACUUUGAAAGAAGGAGAAAAUCUAGGGUGA